GUAACCAUUAGUUACAUCAUUUUUAAACUUUUGGCUUCUUUAUUCACUUCUAAAUUUUUUUUAAUUUUUUUUAUAAUGAACAAAAAUAAAGUAUUUUUAAUUUUUCUUCUGCUAAGAUUUUAUUCAAACCAAGAAAUCAAAGAUGAUAAUAAACCCGGCCCUAUUUUGUUACGAUUAAAUCCAAACAAUGAAGUUCAAGUAGAUUUUCUUAAAUCAUUGAAACGUGAUAAACAUAAUUUAAAGUUCCAAGUUUGGAGAGAUGCAGAUUUACCUGGUCACCAUGUAGACAUAUGGGUUGCUCAGAAAUCUUACCAUGAUUUUCUUAUCUACAUUCGAAAGGUUGGCAUUCAACAUGAAGUUUUGAGUGAAGAUUUGUACAAAAGUAUCGGUCAUCGAAAUAUUUCAUUGAUUGGUAUAGAAACAUUUGAUAGCAACUACCAAGAUUUUGAAGAGAUUGUUGCUGAGAUGACUCGGUUGUCAUACUUUUAUAAUGAUUCUGUUAAAAUGGAGAAAAUUGGAAUGUCUUAUGAUGGACGGUUUAUACAUGCAAUAACAGUUUUCCACAACUCUUCUUUAAUCAAACCUAAAAUUGUCAUUAAUUGUGGUGUACACGCAAGAGAAUGGCUGGCAAUUUCUUCUUGCAAAUAUGUUUUGAGAAAGCUAGUAUUUAAUCAAAAUUAUGAUGCUGAUAUCAGCAAAUUAUUAAAGAACUAUGAUGUCACUAUAAUUCCAAUAUUAAAUCCUGAUGGUUAUAUUUACUCUAAAAGGUACAGGAUGUGGCGUAAGUCGCGAUCAAAAACAACUGACCAAAAUUGUAAUGGUGUUGAUAUAAAUCGAAACUUUGGAUACAGGUGGGGAAGUGGAGGUUCUUCAUCAGAUGUUUGUGCUGAGACAUAUUGUGGAACUCAUCCGUUUUCAGAAAUUGAAAGUUUGUCUCUUGCUCGUUUUCUUUAUAAAAAUCGUCGUUCUUUAAAAGCUUAUAUAGAUGUACAUACAUUUGGUCAAAUGUGGAUUACUCCUUGGGGGUUUACUCAUUCUAUUUCAAAAGAUUAUAAAACACAAGAAAAUGCAAUGAAACGCAUACAGCUGGCUAUUAAAAUAAAUAAUAACGUAACAUAUCAAAUAGGAAGGUCUUCAGAUAUUAUGUAUCAAACUAGUGGUGAUGCAUUAGACUGGGUUUACGGUCGAUUAGGAAUUGUUCAUACUUAUGGCGUUGAAUUGCGUCCAACAUUACAAAUUAAAAAUGGCUUUGUUUAUUCAAGACUUGCAAUUGUGUUAAGUGGCGAAGAUUUAAUGGUCGGUUUAAAAGAACUUUCAAAAGUAAUGUUGGAAGAAGAAAAAAAUGCUUUUUAAGUUUCCUUUA